GCCUUGAUCCAAAGCAAGCGAAAGAUCUCAGUUCAGAAGCUUUAGCACAACUCCAGCACGACGCAUGCAGCAGACACAAUAAAAUCUUCCCUUUUGUUAGCGUAUUAUCAAACUAGGUUACUAUAAAAGAAGUCCAAAACUAGACUGCAGUGGCCACUGGCUGGAAGAGGGAAACUAAGAGGAGUUCCUUGCAGACCCAACAUGCAGCGAGUGGAGAUGCAUCCAUUUGAUCAAAGCAGAGCUCAGUUCUCUGCUAUUUUUAUAUUAGUCUUGCCACCAUGAUGCUGUGAGACUUGUUACCUCCGAGAGCAGUCUUUAUGUUUGUUUUUCUUCCUGUUGAGCUUACAAAAGUGCAGCCAUUUCUUUGAGUGAUGUCAGUUUCAGAGAGUACAGCGAUUCCUUCAUCGUUGUCAUCUUCACUUGAGUUGGAUCCAUUGCUGAAGGAUCUUGUUGAGAAGAAACUGACCCUGAAGAGGAAUGUGACUGCAAUGGCUACCGAGCUCAAGGAUGCCAGGAACAGGCUUGCUUCACAGGAACUGUUGCUGGCUCAGGAAUUAGAAGCCAGAAAGGUUGCUGAGCUAAAGGCGAGAAAUUUGGAGGAUGAGGUGAGCAAACUGCAGAAAUGCUUAGAGGACAAAGAUGAGCAGCUGCGUGCAUCGCUAUAUAGCACUGAACAGUUUCGCAAUGAGUUGGAUGGUCUCAGAUCACAACUUUCAGUGAUCCAAGCUACUGCAGAGUCCACUGCUGUGUCAGCCAAGACAACGAUGCUGCACUGCUCAUAUUUGUUAGGAAAGCUGAAUGAUAAGAACAGCUUGAUGACUGAGGGUGAAUUUCCGGUGAACAAUGUAUCAGAACAGCUCAAUCAACUUGACAAGUACCACGAGAGCAGAGAUCCAUCACUAAGACAAUUCAAAGAUUGUUGCUCUUUGAGAACCGAGUCUGACAUCACGGAUGCCUUUGCCAAAGCUGGAUUUCAUAUCGUAAACGAGAUUCUGAAUAUCCAUUCUGAUGUUCCAUCAAAGAACAGCGAGAACAUUGACCAGGAUUUGGUUCUUGAGGAUGAUGGUGUGGCCAAGCUGAGACAGCGUAUAACGGUGCUAUCUGCUCACUGGGAAAACAGAAGCAAGGAACUAGAAUCACAGUUGGACAAGCAUCGGAGGACAGCCCAGGAGAUGAAGAGGAGGGUAACAAGACUUGAACUCAGCAUCCAAGAACCACGAUCUCGGUUACCGAAAUUCCAGAGGCUAAGAGAGAAAAGGAACAGAGCUCUUACUCUUAAAGAAGUCAGAAAUCAGACGGCCGUGGAGCAGCCCACUUGUAGUGGUUCAGGCGACAAGCACAAUCUCUGGGAGAGCUCAGCCUUCAAGCUCAUAGCAUCCAUGUCAAUGUUGGUUCUAUUUACACUUGCAAAGCGAUGAACUCUCACGGUAUCGUUUUUGCGUACAGAAAAUCCAAAGUACAUACAUGUUUGAAUCAGUAGGUAGCUCAUUGUUCGAAAGAAAGAUAUGCCAUUAUCUAUGUAAUUGAUCACCAAAUUUUGCUUUACGAUCCAAACCAAAUUUGUUGGCAUCACGCCCAUGACAUAUCAGUGUGACUGUACCAUGUCCAAGCCACACUAUAGCCUUUGCCAUUUGAAAUGGGAAAAUGUGUGAUGUAAAAUUAUGGUGAUACUCAUCACAGGAUGGCAAUGUAAAAUAUGCAUUAAUGGCUGUAAGCAAAUUUUUACUAAAUUUUUGGCAAUGCCUUCCAAAAUAUUGGCAAGGCACCAUCUUUAUCUUGUUGGUAGCG